UCGAACAAAUACGACUGUGAGGAAGGACGACGACGGGAAGGGCGAAAACGAUUCCUAUUCCGAGAAAACCGCCUCCACCCUUGUUUCCCACAUCGAAUGCACAUUACGAAUACAAGAUUUACCAGAAAACCUCGACUACGCGCACACCUCACACUCCACGCUCAUGCUCAUCCCAUCCUGCACUCCACUCAAAACCCCUACCCUCUCCCCGCCGUCCACCGACGACGCCCUCCCACCCCGCUAUACACUCACCAACACUGUCCUCAGCAAACCGUCCAUCUUCACCCGCCACCUCUCUUGGACCCCCACCUUCUCCUCCUCCAACAAACCCCACUUUCUCCGUUGGCGCUCCCUCAAAUACUGCCUUACCUUCCUGAUCUCCCUCCUCCCCCUCCUCAUCAACGGCACGCUCUCGCACUUCCGCGCCGGCACCACAUCGUCUCCUAACUACGAGACGUGGAAAUCGUACACGAUGCAGUGGCUAGCUUCGGGGGUAGUCUCGGGGCUAGCGUUUGUGUUGGAUCAGGAGUCUAAAGAGGCGAAUCCUCGUCAGAGGAGUUUAUUGGGACCGAUGGGGAGAGUGGUGGUGUAUAUUUUGAGCGCGAGUCCAGCUAUUGGGGGGUUUAUUGUGGUUGGACAGAUGGUUAGGGAGUAUGGGGUUUGUAGUUGGGUUGGGUAGGAGGAAUGGGAAUACGUCCGAUGCGGAGGACUAUACAGCAUAGGGAAUGUCCAUGAGAUUAGAAGUGCUUUGAGUGACUGACGGAGUUUUCGAGUCCGGGGCCGAGCUUGGAUGAAGGGCAAAUGAGGUGAUUUAAAUUCGGAAAUAUUUUGAAAGCAAGGUGAAAAUAAGCAAAUUAUGCAUAUGGGGUGUGGGUAUGGGGUUCGUGGUUUGUUUGGGGAGCCCGGAAUGGACGAGCCCAAAUUCACGACUGGCCGACUCCCUGCCCUCGGUCCCGAGCUUAGAUUCCGAGUGAAUUGCG